AUGAGUUCGACACAAGACAAUUUUUUCAAAACCAAGAUUCUUCAGCUAGAAUGUCAUUUCACCUGGGAUCUGAGAAAGGAGGAUACAGAGUUCGCUGAUCUUAUAAAUAGGCUGGAAGAUCAAAUUACCUUUGAUCUUGGUAGGGAGGUUGGAGUUGAACAUGCAUACAGCAGUUUGGGAUUUGUAAGGUAUCUCUCGGGGUCCUAUAAUGAGGCUCUUAGCAAUUUACAGAGAUCUGAAGAACUCACAAGACAAUACCAUGGAGACAACUGUGAUAAGCUGCUUGUAGUCACGUAUGGAAACUUUGCAUGGUUACACUAUCAUAUGGAAGCAUAUGGGGAGUGUGAAAGCUAUUUAAAUAAACUGAAGGAGAUCAGUGAGAAAUAUCCACCUGACUCUCCCUCUGCCCCUUAUCCUGAGGUGCUUGGAGAGAAGGGAUGGACCUUACUCAAAUUCUCACGCAAGUACUCUGACAGGGCUAAAGAGUGCUUCAGGAAGGCCUUGGAACUGGAGCCAGAUGAGGGAGAAUGGAAUGCCGGCUAUGCCAUAGCUCUCUACCGCACAGAGACCGUGCAUUCCAGUGCUGCUGACUGCCCAGCAAUUAAACAGCUAAGACGAGCUGUACAUGUUAACCCAAAAAAUGAUGUUCUUAAAGUUCUGCUUGGUCUCAGACUAAUUCUCUACAAGAAGUACAUUGAGGCCGAUAGUCUAGUGGAGCAAGCAUUAGAGAGGUCUCCAGAACACCCACAUGUGAUUCAAUAUGUUGGGCAAUAUUUCAGGAAGAAAGGGUCUGUGGAAGAGUCCAUUAGCUGGUUGAAGAGAGGGUUAGAGAAGGCACCCAAGUCGAGCUUCAUACAUUAUCAGCUAGCACUGUGCUACAAGAGGAAGAAAACCGAUCUGCUUCAAGCUGGAAGCUACUAUAGCAAGGAAGCUGAGAUUCAGCAGGUUUGGGAUCAAUGCAUCUAUCAUUUAGAAAAGGCCACUACACUGAGCCCAGACUUCAUCUAUGCUAUGAUUGAGCUAGCAGUACAGUACGGAAAGAAACAAGAUAUUUCAAAGGCAGAAGAGUUGUUCCAGACUACAUUCCAGACAGCCAAAGGAAAAAAUGGAUUUUCCCAGCAAGUUAUAUUCAAUUAUGCAAAUUUCCAGCAGUACAGUAAGAGAUGUGAACAUCUGGCCAUCAAACAAUACAUGGAAUGCCUGCAGAAGGGUCCAAACACACUGGAAGGGAGGAAAAGUGCUGCAUGUUUGAAAAAAAUUGCACAGAAAAGAAUUACCAGAAAUCCAAAUGAUGGAGAGGCUUUGGGAAUACUGGAAUUCAUCUCUAAGGAAAAAGGAGAUAAAUGUCAUGCUAUAGAUACUGAGAAAGCUCUAAGCUAUGUAGAAAAUGAUGAGUACCUCAGUAAUCUUUGUGAACUGAGGCUUUCAUUACAGUAA